AUGUCAAAUCCCACCAACCAGGGCAACCAUCCACCUCAUUCGUGGUCCGGCGACAACAACGGCAAUCCUCCUCAACCGCAUUGGAACCCCGAAGAUAGUAACCGUCCUCCAUCGGCGCGUCCACAAUCCACCUAUUCUCACUCCAACUACCCGAGUUAUCCUCCAUCGCAUCCGUCUUCAUAUCCUCCGCCAUCUUACCCUCCGUCAGGCUAUCCUCAACAACCGCCUCCUCCACCCGGCAUGGCCGCCGUCCAUUCUUCCGUACAAGGCGCCCAAGAUCCUUACAAUCGUCUCCCUCCUCCGCCGCCUGGCCCAUAUCCACGGCCCGACAUGUACGCCCAACCACCACCCCAAGUAGUCUACCAGGCUGCUGCCCCCAGGCAGCGCACCGCAAUUGCCUGUCGCUAUUGCCGUCGCCGGAAGAUUCGCUGCUCUGGCUUUGAAAGCUCCCCCGAUGGACGCUGCACCAAUUGCGUUCGCUUCAACCAGGAAUGCAUGUUCACUCCGGUUUCCUCCCAAGCCCAGGCUUUCGUUCCUGCCCACGCUGCAUACCCCCAUCUUCGCAAUUCGGGGCCUCAACCUCGCGGCCGUGGCUAUCCCGGAGACGGAGUCAUGCUGUAUGGCGCUCACGGCCAGCCUCUUCCGCCACAACAACAACCAAUGUCGGACUCGACCUUGCCUCCACCACAGGGGGCUUACUACCAGCCUGGUCCCUAUGGCCGCCCUCACCUAGAUGAGAGGGCCCCACCGCCUUCACUACCACCGCAUCAUAUGCCUCACGACCAGCGCCAACAGGGAGGACGACGCGGCUCUGGCGGAGGUUUCGACUAUCCUGAACCCGUCAAUCUUGCUCCAGUCUCGAGUGGAGCGGCAGUACCGGGAUAUGCCUCCACCUCGUACUAUCAUCCCCCUGGUCAUGAGAGGCGUCCUUCUCCGCAAUCCUUUGCAGGAUCUCCUCACAGUGCUGGUUUCCCACCAAUUCCCGCUCAUGGAACUCCGCCACCAGCUUCAACGCCAAGCGCUCCCCGUGGUGGACUGAAUGUUCGUGACAUCUUGAACAAUCCCACCGACCAAAGCAACGGAGGCCGCUCAAGUACCGACAGCGACAUGCUCAACCAACUGAACCGCAAGGUUUAA